GCCACUUCUACUGGUUGAACUGGUUAUAAAAAGGAAGCAGCUUCAGUCGCUGCUUCAUCCUCUCUGACUUCAUCUCAUCAGUUACAGGUGUCGAGCUGCAGAGAAACUCCACAAUGACUCCAAAUGUUUUCUACCUGCUCUUUCUUUUGAUGGCCGACAUGUCUCUGAGUGCUCCAACCAAAACUGAGAAUCCAGUCAAUGAAACGGACAACUCUCUGGAAGUCAUCCCGAGACCAAAAAUUGAUUUUGAAUCAUACAUAUUCCAGGGAGACAUCCUCGUACCGAAAACCACAAACAAGAAUGCAGAUCCAUGUGUUGUGACAGGCUGCCUGUGGCCCAAACAUGGAAGCCACGUCAAUGUGCCGUACUUCAUCUCUCCUUACUAUACUCAAGAAGAACGCAACAUCAUUCUUACAGCACUCUGGAGCCUUCAGCGGACCACCUGCAUUCGCUUUGUCCAGCAAAGUUACAAUACUCGGGACUUCAUCUACUUCAUACCAUUGGAUGGGUGUUGGUCCAACGUGGGACGUCAGGAUGGCGGACAGUACAUCUCCCUGGCGAGACCUGGAUGUUUGUCCCACCGCACAGUUCAGCAUGAGGUUCUUCACGCUCUGGGUUUCAAACAUGAACAGGUCCGCUCUGACAGAGACGCAUAUGUUAAGAUUCUCUUUGAAAACAUUGAGGAAGGAAAAGAUAACCAGUUCAGAAAAGUAGAGACCAACAACUUGGGAACUCCCUACGACUUCAAGUCCAUCAUGCAAUACGGAAAAUAUGCAUUCUCCAAAAAUGGGCUGCCUACCAUUGUGGCCCGGUUCAAUCCUAACUAUGACUGGGGGCGAGCCACUCAGAUGAGCGCCAACGACAUCGCCCGCGUCAACAGGCUUUACCAAUGCAACUAAUAUAACAUGAAGAAAUCAGCUCAACAACCGCCAACAGCCAAGAAUUGGUUUACUACAAGAACAUUAUCAGCUCAUAAAACGUUAAACAGCAAAAACUUUGGCAGCAUUUUAAAGAAGAUCAUCUAGAGCCACCUGCUGGUCAGAGGUCGCAUUGCAUCGCCUGUUGAUGGGAGGUUCCUCAGUCAACUUCUUGCAACUUUGAUUUGAAUUUGCCUGCUGCUUUUUACUUUACAUGGAGCCUGUAUGUAAAAGAAUAAAAUGAUAAUUUUGAUUAAAGCUA